CGGAAGGGGAAGUUUCUCUGGUGAGCGCUGCCUCGCUUGUCCGAAUUCGGUGGCGCCACGUCCGUCGGUCUCCGCCUCCUGCACAGCGGCUGCGUCCCUACUUUCCCUGGCCGAGCCGGCCGAGGAGCGCGGGGUGGGCACGGGAGGACGCGCGGCGCUGCGCAGCCGACCACCUGACGGCUGACCAUGUCGGACAUCGGGGACUGGUUCAGGAGCAUCCCGGCCAUCACGCGCUACUGGUUUGCUGCCACCGUCGCGGUCCCUUUGAUCGGCAAGCUCGGUAUUAUCAGCCCGGCCUACUUCUUCCUCUGGCCCGAAGCCUUCCUCUAUCGCUUCCAGAUAUGGAGGCCAUUCACUGCCACCUUUUAUUUCCCCGUGGGUCCAGGAACUGGAUUUCUUUAUUUGGUCAAUUUAUAUUUCUUAUAUCAGUAUUCUACACGGCUUGAAGCAGGAGCUUUUGAUGGGAGGCCAGCAGACUAUUUAUUCAUGCUUCUCUUUAACUGGAUUUGCAUCGUGAUUACUGGUUUAGCAAUGGAUAUGCAGUUGCUGAUGAUUCCUCUGAUCAUGUCAGUACUUUAUGUCUGGGCCCAGCUGAACAGAGAUCUGAUUGUAUCAUUUUGGUUUGGAACACGAUUUAAGGCCUGUUACUUACCUUGGGUUAUCCUUGGAUUCAACUAUAUCAUUGGAGGCUCGGUGAUCAAUGAGCUCAUUGGAAACCUUGUUGGACAUCUUUAUUUCUUCCUGAUGUUCAGAUACCCAAUGGACUUGGGAGGAAGGAAUUUUCUGUCCACACCUCAGUUUUUGUACCGCUGGCUACCCAGCAGGAGAGGAGGGGUGUCAGGCUUUGGUGUGCCCCCUGCUAGCAUGAGGCGAGCUGCUGAUCAGAAUGGCGGAGGCGGGAGACACAACUGGGGCCAGGGCUUCCGACUUGGAGACCAGUGAGGAGCAGCCCUGGCCUACCCACCAGCCAUGCUAAGCAGAUGACAGUUUCCUCCCAGUGCUGGGCACGCUUAAUGGCCAAGUUCUUGCUGCCGUUCUUGGACCUGACCCACGCUGAAUGUAGUCUUUCCGUACAAGACGACAUUUUUAAAUCCUGAAGGAAAAUACAAGUGUUCCUCAAGUUUCAUGAUGUUCAUUCAAGUCCUUACUGCUCUGAAGAACAAAUAUCAGCUGUGCAGAUUUCAAAACCAACUCCUUUUCUGGUGUCUUCUUCCUCCCUUUCCAUCUGAAUAAUGGGCUGGGCAAGUGGGGUUGGUUAGCCAAGCCCUGUGAAAGGAUCCCUUCCUUUUUCUCACACACAUGUCCCCAGAGUUGCAGCUAGAGUUGUCCACAAAAUGGUUUUGCCUUUGACAAACUCUGAUUUAUUGACUUUUGCCAAAGCUUGGUCACCAAGAGCUUGUUCCCACAUGGUUCUCGGCCACUACUGGCAGGACUGUGACAGUAGGAGAAGAGUGGAGCAGUGGCUGAAGAGCUUUCUCAGCUGUGGGCCCGGAGCAGCCUGACAGCAGUGCAGCCAUUGGCCGCCGCCGCUGCCUCAGAUGGUUACAUACAGAAGCACCACUGAGUCAGUGAGGGCCCAGAUGGGAAUGGUGAGGUUUAGGAGUUGUUGCUAGGCACUUUUCUCCCCCUAAGCCAAGUGAUCAAAACCAUAGUGGAGUGCUUCUAACAUAGAGAAUGGGUUUAAACAUGCUGUCUGUGUUUCUUCAUGGGGUGUACUGGCUUGGUGUACCCUGAGCAGUUGUGCUGUGCUGUGCUGUGCUGUGUUAGGAGCUUCCAGAUCACACUGGCCAGACAUGCCCCUGGAGGCAACCUUGGGGGCACUGAUUCCGUUUCCUCCUCAUUGUGGGUGGGUGUUGAUUGAGUCAGUGGAGGAGAGAGCUUCAGACUCUUUAAAUUUUUCUUUCAUUGUUUUCUGUCCCUUAACUUUUUGGUCAAGUGUUUUGGCUCAUGGUAAGGGAAGUACGGCUCUUUGGAUGUGUGUCAAUCAGUCUUUAAGGCUAACAGAAGCAGACCUGAGUAAGGCACAUAUAAUUAGAGGUUCCAAUAGCUUUAGAAUUAUUCAUCUUUAUUAUCUUGGGUCAUGCAUGUAUACACUUUGUGAAUCAGACCUAUUCCCUUUUUAUAGGUGGGCUUUUGCCAGCCGAUCUCGGCUCAUCACUAAAUAAAGUUUUCUGAAGGCUACAGUGCUUUAUAUAGUUACUUUAUGUUUUUAUUCUGAAACCAGACUGCUGGGAGCAGUGUGGUGUGGCCGCUAUACUUUGAAUGUUGUCACAGGUUUCCAGUACUUUGUUGGGUUCCUUUCAAGAAAUGUGCCCUAACAAUAUGUCUUUCUCCUCUCAACUGUGAUGUGUGUUGUAUUAGGAAGUGGGAGUCUGAAAGUUUGUGUACCUCUCCAUAUGUAAUUUAUAUGAUAAACUAUUGGGUGGAGAGAAAGGCUGACCCUAAACUCUGGUUCGUCUGCUGACCUGAGGGUGUGAUAAAAGGUGUUUUUAUGAAAUUCCAGAGGCCACUCUCCCUAUGGCAUUGCACAUGCACUCCCUGGGCAAGGUGGAGGCUCGAACUCGGAAAGAACUCUACCAGUGAGAGAGCAAGAGAUUCUAUACUCUCUUAGCAGGCUGGUUCCUGAGAGCACUUUUUCUAAGGGUCUGCAAGUCUGUAGAACUUCUGUUCAAGGCAAAAUGUUCAUAAAUUCUUCCUCCUGAACAUGGUUAGGAAGCUGAUAAUUUUAUUUUCUUGCCUGGAUUACCAGUCCUUCCGGGAUAGUUUUACCAAAGCAAGCUGUUUUAGUUCAGACUUCACAAGGUAAGACUUCACAGUGGGUUCUCUAUGAAUGUGAAAAAACCUUAUUUUGUACAGACAGCUUUCCUUUUUGUAACUAAUCCUUUUUACUGGUAAAUACUGUAAAUUAAAAUGUGCAACUUGAAGGCUGUCUAUGUUAAGCUUCCAUACCUCUGCUGUGCUGUGUUAUACGAUGUAACUUAUGUUACUGUCUUCACUGGACCAGUUUUAUGUGAUCUCCAGUAGUUUUUGAUUGGCAGGACACAGCAAGCCUUUUUGUAUAUGAUUGUUCAUAUAUUAGAGAAUGUUGGAACUCCUGGAA